CACAGAAUGGUCCACCUUUUGAUUGGUAAAUAUUUGAAUGAAGUGACAUUUACAACAGUACUCCUGUGUGUUGUAUCUUUGUACGAGGGAGUGACAUCUACGGUUGUUCCCGGUGAGAGGUAUCGUGGUCCCGUUGUCCGAGUGUUGGAGAUCAUUGGACAACAGCAGUGUGUCCGGGAAUGUAGACACAGGCCCAAGCUGUGUCGGGGAGUCAACUACCGGAAAGAGGAUUUGUUGUGUGAACUCGUGUCGUCCAUCGACAAAACGGAAACCAAUCCUGGCUGUGUUAGAAUUGAACUCAAUCAGACUGUAAAUGUACCAGAAAUGAACCAGGAAUGUCUGGCGUGCUCUUCAGACGAUCAGUGCGUGACGCUGUCCAGUCAAAAAGUCCAUUGUAUUCGAGUUGUUUCCAACCUUGCGUUGCAUAAGCCUGCAACACAAUCAUCAACGCUUACAUGGACAGAAGCUGGACUGACUUACUCUGCCAAUUUGGCAGUUGAUGGCAACAACGGUACAGACCAUGCCGUAGACAAGUGUUCCAGCACCGAGGGUGGAGACACAAAUCCGUGGUGGCUGGUGGAUCUGAAAGCUGUGUAUUCCAUCACAUCUGUCAGAAUAUUCAAUAGAGGAAUGGACAAGUGGGGAGAAGAUGUGUCAAACCGGCUGCGGAAUGUUACCGUCACUGUAGGGGUGACAGAGUCAGAUGUCAACACUUCCUGUGGUUUCUUUGCUGGUCCCGGUACUCUGUCACAGCUGGUGGUCAUCGACUGUCCGACAUUACCACAGGGGAGAUUCGUAAAGAUCUCCAUAACCACCGAGUUUCUCACUCUAUGCGAAGUUGAAGUGUUUGGAUACUCUGUCUAA